AGCAACCUGCACAGCUCCUUCAACUCAACUCAUUUAUGAUGUAGAGCUUAGCCACAAGGGGGCAGCAGAUGAUCAGUCAUCCUACUCCAAAGGCGAAGAAGUCCCUGCUCUCUGUAACAGACGGCAGAGUUUUUUCUAGAAAAACCUGGAUCAUCGCCGUCUGCGGUUGGCGUGGGAGGCAGAAGUAGAGAGCUUACAGUGAUAAGCAGAAUUGCUGUUGUGUUACCGAAUUAAUCGGAGAGGAUUUUCAUUUCUAUGAUCGUGCUUGGAUUUCUUUGAGUUUUGUGUGACCAAUAUCCCGGCUGGUUUUUUUCCUUUUGGAGAUUUCAGCAGAGGCGAGUCCGUACCUUGCUGCUUCCACUUGUUCCAUUGGUUCCCACUGUGGCUGGAUCUUCUACUGGGUUGCACCGCCUCCCUUCGUAUUGCCUGUUCUGGACCAUUUUCCAUUCAUGGACACUUAUUGAGAGGGUGGUAGGACUGAGUGCACUCAGUAUUUUUAUUUUAUUUUUGGACCUUGAACUUUUUAUGCCUGAGAUCUCAGAGUGUGUUUUUUUAAGUCCUUCAGUGGUUCUAAUUGUUGUAUAUAAGAAGGAAGGACUUGAUGGACUUUUAUUUUUCUGAUGUUGAGUCAACUGUUUACAUGUGACUAAGUUCAAUACACCUUAUAUAUUUCCGCUAAUCUGUUGUCCAGUGUGUUAUUUGGGGUGGAUAUCUGAACCUUUGUGCAGGUGAAAAAACCAACAGCCUCCUCACUGAACCUAGACUAGAUUCUCCUUCUGGGUUAUAGGUACUACAUAUUUGUAUUACUAAUACUAGUAAUAAAGGAGGGGUUACAAAGUGGCGAGCCAGCCAGGAGGCUGUUUAAAAGUCCACCCCAGAUUUUCACAUUGCAGAUUUUUAGCAACAAGAAACUGUAAAUUUCUUUAAUAAAAGACAAUUACUUAACAGACUUUUUUUUGGAAGAUGGAUCUAUGUAAUAAGUUCAAAGUGCAUGGACAAAGCUGUCUGUAUGUAACAGGUAUAGAUCUAAAUUACAGUGAGGAAGAGAUAGCCGAUUUUUUCAAAGUAAAUGGAGAUGUUACAAAAGUAAUCAGGGUUCCUGAUGAUCCAGAUCAACCCAAGGGAAGAACACUUGUACAAUAUUCAUCAGACCGAGCAAUAUCAAGAAUUGAUCCUGCCAAUCUUGGUGAUCAGCCAAGCCCUAAAGACCCCAGUGCAAUUUGGCAUGUUUCUACCAUCCGUGAAAUGUGUCAAAAGGAGCUUGGAAGAGAACUAGCCCAGAAAUGUCUGGCUGAAUUAAGCACACUUGCUGAAAAAAGUAAAGCUGGGUUUUGGGAUAUGCUACAGCAGGAGAUGCACCAUAUGUGUUCUGAUUCUGUAUCACCUCAGAGUCCUGACACAAAUCUUUACUCACCAGAACAACAAGCUCCCGAACCAAUCCUCAACCCUCCGGUCACUGAUGGAAGUAAUCAAGAUUUCCUUGCAUCAAACCCAUCUGAUGCAGCUGCUGGCACCCUACCCCCAAGUCCUCUGAGCCCAGAUAUGGUAACUCCACCACAGAUCCAGAAGGUAACUGUUGAGCAUUUCAUCCGCAAUGAUGCAACACCAGCUAGUUACAGCCAAAGCAGAAUUAGGACUUUCUCUGGGCGACUGCCAAAGCCAAAUGGCGAGGUUGACUAUGAAGCCUGGCGCAUUCAGGUGGAUCUUCUUCUUUCUGACAAUUUGUUGUCUGAUUCUCAAAAAGUUAGAAGGAUUUUGGAGAGCUUGCUUAGCCCAGCAUCAGACAUUGUCCGGCAACUUGGGACAAAUGCACCCCCUAAAGCUUAUCUCAUUCAGCUUGAGUCAGCAUUUGGAGUGGUGGAAGAUGGUGAAGAGUUGUUUGCAACCUUCUUAGGCUCCAACCAGAAUUCAGGAGAAAAGCCCUCUGUCUUUUUGAACCGGCUACAGACCCUUCUCACUAAAGCUGUUUCUAGAGGGGGAGUUCCUGCAGCUGAGUUUGACAAAUAUUUGCUCAGACAAUUUUGUCGUGGCUGCUGGGAUCAGGGCUUAAUCGUUGGCCUUCAGCUUGAGCACAAGAAAUCCAAUCCCCCAUCUUUCCCUGACUUGCUGCUGCUUUUGAGGACAGAAGAGGACCAGCGCGCAGCUAAGAUGGACAGAAUGAAAAAACAUUUGGGCAGCACUAAGGCAGCACUACAUGCCCACUCAGUUUUAAGUUUGGCACCAAUUGAUAAGGAGCCUGUUACUACAUCUCCGAGUAAACAGGAUGCCUGUUCUAAACUAGAAAAAGAAGUUUCUGAACUCCGUAAACAAGUUGCACAAUUAAGACACAAAGAAAAAGUGGAGGUCGAACAUGAAAAGCUCUUCAGUAGAAAUGAGCCAACCCUGCCAGGUGAAAUGCUAACUCUUCAUGUCAAAAAUCCCAAUCCCACAUAUAGGGCCCCCAACCAACCAAAGCCAUGGUUCUGCUUUAAAUGUGGGGGUGAUGGCCACAUUGCUGCUAACUGUUCCAGUGACCCCAAUCCUGAACUUGUGCAAAUUAAGAACGCAGAGCUCAGGGAGAGACGUAAGAAGUUCUGGGCCCAACAGGGAGCUCAGAAAUAUUCUUUAAACCUGUAG